AUGUCUGGCGUGUACUCCAAAGACGACGUUGCGUCGCAUAACAAGGGGAACGACGUAUGGAUUGUCAUCGAUGAAGAUGUCUAUGAUGUGUCCAAGUUUCUGGACGACCAUCCAGUCCUACAACGUAUGGGGGGAAAGGAUGCCUCAAAGCAGUUCUGGAAAUACCAUAACGUCGGCGUGUUGAAGAAGUACCAGGGGAAGCUGAAGAUUGGCUCUCUGGAUACCAAAAAGGCCGCUCCAGCGCCAACUCCAGCUCCAGCAGCGCCAGCACCACCGACGAAGAAGGAGGCUUCAAAGACACAAGCAGAACAAUCCUCGCCUGCCCCUGCGGUAGAGGCCCUGGAUCCGUAUGGCGAAUUGAUCCCAUUUUCCGACCCAUCAUGGUAUCACGGAUACUACUCUCAUUUCUACAACGAGUCACAUGCUGCACUCCGUGAUGAAGUUCGACAGUGGGUAGAGACCGAGAUUGAGCCUUACUGCCACGAAUGGGAUGAGGCAAAGUCCGUACCGGAGAGCAUUUACAAGCAGAUGGGUGACAGAGGCUAUCUUGCUGGUUUACUGGGCCUAUCAUACAACAAGGAUUUGGUUCAGAACCAUGUGAAGAGCGUACCUCCUGAGAAAUGGGAUCUCUUCCAUGAGUUGAUCGUCACCGAUGAGCUCUCUCGUGCCGGAAGUGGAGGUGUUGUCUGGAACCUCAUCGGUGGGUUUGGAAUCGGAUGCCCACCUCUUGUCAAGUACGGAUCCAAGGAGCUGGUGAAGCGCAUUCUCCCCGGUAUCCUCGCAGGCGACAAGCGUAUCUGUCUUGCUAUCACCGAGCCUGGUGCCGGAAGCGAUGUCUCUAACUUGAGCUGCGAAGCUAAGCUUACCCCAGACGGAAAGCACUAUAUCGUCAACGGUGAGAAGAAAUGGAUCACGAACGGCAUUAUGAGUGACUACUUCACCACUGCCGUGCGAACAGGAGAACCCGGAAUGGGAGGCGUCAGUGUUCUCCUCAUCGAGCGCUCGAUGGGAGGUGUCAGCACUCGCAAGAUGGACUGUCAGGGCGUCUGGAGUAGCGGUACCACCUAUGUCACCUUCGAGGACGUCAAGGUUCCGGUUGGUAACCUGAUCGGAAAGGAGAACAAGGGAUUCAAAGUUAUCAUGACCAACUUCAACCAUGAACGUAUGGGUAUAAUCAUUCAAUGUCUACGUUUCUCUCGUGUCUGCUACGAGGAAUCCGUCAAGUACGCCCAUAAGCGCCGCACUUUUGGCAAGCGUCUCAUAGACCAUCCGGUCAUCCGCAUGAAGCUCGCACACAUGGCACGUCAGAUCGAAGCAAGUUUCAACUGGCUCGAGAACCUCGUCUUCCAGUGUCAGCACAUGGACGAAGACACGGCUGCCUUGCGCCUGGGCGGAGCUAUUGCCAGUCUCAAGGCCCAAUCUACCACCACAUUCGAGUUCUGUGCUCGUGAAGCCAGUCAGAUCUUCGGAGGCUUGAGUUACUCUCGUGGUGGACAAGGUGGCAAGGUUGAAAGACUCUACCGUGAUGUCCGAGCCUAUGCUAUCCCUGGAGGCAGCGAGGAGAUCAUGCUUGAUUUGAGUAUGAGACAGUCCUUGAAGGUACACGAGAUCUUUGGAAUGAAGCUAUAA